CACGUUCAGCGUCCAUGGAGCCGGCUGGGUGCUCGAGCACAGAGCUUGCGAAGGCCAUCAGACCUAUCGAUGGGAAGUCAGUCCAUCAGAUUUGCUCGGGCCAGGUGGUACUAAGUCUAAGCACUGCUGUGAAGGAGUUGGUAGAAAAUAGUGUGGAUGCUGGUGCCACCAGCAUUGAUCUAAGGCUUAAAGAGUAUGGCGUGGAUUUGAUUGAAGUUUCAGACAAUGGAUGUGGAGUAGAAGAAGAAAACUUUGAAGGCUUAGCUCUGAAGCAUCAUACGUCUAAGAUUCAGGAGUUUGCUGACCUCACUCAGGUUGAGACCUUUGGCUUUCGGGGGGAAGCCCUGAGCUCACUUUGUGCACUGAGUGAUGUAACUAUUUCUACCUGCCACACAUCUGCAAAGGUUGGGACCCGGCUUGUGUUUGAUCACAAUGGGAAAAUUGUCCAGAAAACCCCCUACCCUCGACCCAAAGGAACGACAGUCAGUGUGCAGCAGUUAUUUUACACGCUGCCUGUGCGCCAUAAGGAAUUUCAAAGGAAUAUUAAAAAGGAGUAUGCCAAAAUGGUCCAGGUCUUACAGGCAUACUGUGUCAUUUCAGCAGGCAUCCGUGUAAGUUGCACCAAUCAGCUUGGGCAAGGGAAGCGGCAGCCUGUGGUCUGCACAAGUGGAAGCUCCAGCAUGAAGGAAAACAUCGGCUCUGUGUUCGGGCAGAAGCAGUUGCAAAGCCUCAUUCCUUUUGUUCAGCUGCCCCCUAGUGACUCGGUCUGUGAAGAAUUCGGCCUGAGCUGCUCUGACGCCCUCCAUAAUCUGUUCUACAUCUCAGGCUUCAUCUCCCGCUGCGAGCACGGCGUCGGGAGGAGCUCCACCGACAGGCAGUUUUUCUUCAUCAAUCGUCGGCCUUGCGACCCAGCAAAGGUCUCCAGGCUUGUGAAUGAGGUCUACCACAUGUACAACCGCCAUCAGUAUCCGUUUGUGGUUCUCAACAUUUCUGUCGAUUCUGAAUGUGUUGAUGUCAACGUGACUCCAGACAAAAGGCAAAUCUUACUGCAAGAGGAGAAGCUUUUGUUGGCAGUUUUAAAGACCUCUUUGAUUGGGAUGUUCGAUAGUGAUGUAAACAAGCUUAAUGUCAGUCAGCAACCACUGUUGGAUAUUGCAGGUAACUUAAUAAAGACGCAUGCUACAGAUGUGGAAAAGCCUGUGCCACAAUGGCAGGGCAGCUCCCCUUCCCCACGGACUCCAGGAGAAGAGAAAAGGUCCGUGUCCAUUUCCAGGCUAAGAGAGGCCUUUUCUCUUCGUCAUACCACAGAGACGAAAUCUCAGGGCCCAGAGACUCCUGAACGGAGACGGACUUCUCCAGCACAGAAAAGGGGUGUGCCAUCUUCUAGUUCCUCGGAAACCAUCUCUGCCAGAGGCCUCAGGGGCUCUCAGGAAGAGGGGCAGAGUCCCACGAAGGUCCCUGGUAAUUGUGUGGACAGAGUGGAAGUGGAGAAGGACUCAGGGCACAGUAGCACCUCAGCUGGCUCAGAGGAAGAAUUCAGUACCCCAGAAACGGGUAGUCAUUGCGUUAGUGACCUUGCGGUGAGCUCCCCGGAAGACAGACUCUUUCAGGGAGGCAUGGACUCUGGUGAGAAACCACCUGAAAUGGGCCUUCAUCUUUCAGGAAGGGAGCACCACGUAAGUCAGGAUGAGAGCAGAUGUUCGUGUAGAACUUUGCCUCUGCCAACUGACCUCUCCACCCCCCGCACCAAGCGUUUUAAAAACGAAGAAAUCCCCUCAGAGGCUGCCGUUCUUCCAAAGUUGGCUAAUCCUCAGAACAGCUCAGCAGCUCAGGUCGAUGUGGCUGUAAAAAUUUGUAAGAAAGUUGUGCCCCUUGACUUUUCUAUGACUUCUUUAGCUAAACGAAUAAAGCAGUUAAAUCACCAAAAACAACAGAGUGAAGGCAAACAGAACUACAGGAAAUUUAGGGCAAAGAUUUGUCCUGGAGAAAACCAAGCAGCAGAAGAUGAACUAAGAAAAGAGAUAAGUAAGGCAAUGUUUGCAGACAUGGAGAUCCUUGGCCAGUUUAACUUGGGAUUUAUAAUAACCAAACUGAAGGAGGACCUUUUCCUAGUGGACCAGCAUGCUGCGGAUGAGAAGUACAACUUCGAGGCACUGCAGCAGUACACGGUGCUCCAGCCACAGAGGCUCAUCGCACCUCAGACGCUGAACUUAACUGCUGUCAAUGAAGCCAUCUUGAUUGAAAAUCUAGAAAUAUUCCGGAGGAAUGGCUUUGAUUUUGUCAUUGAUGAAGAUGCUCCAGUCACCGAGAGAGCGAAACUCAUUUCCUUGCCAACUAGUAAAAACUGGACCUUUGGACCACAGGACAUAGAUGAGCUGAUCUUCAUGCUGAGUGAUAGCCCUGGGGUGAUGUGCCGGCCUUCCCGCGUCAGGCAGAUGUUUGCCUCCAGGGCCUGCCGGAAGUCUGUGAUGAUUGGCACGGCUCUUAGCACAAGCGAGAUGAAGAAGCUUAUCACCCACAUGGGUGAGAUGGACCACCCCUGGAACUGCCCCCACGGAAGGCCGACCAUGAGGCACAUUGCCAAUCUGGAUGUCAUUUCUCAGAGCUGACACCCCUCACUCCGUACAAUCAGAGAUUUUAUUGCAGACUUUUCUAUUUUCAA